AUGUCCAUAGCUUCAAGAAUGGCAUCUUUCUCAUUAUUCUUCUCCAUUUUCAUCGUCACCUUCUCACCAACCUUGUGCCUGAACCGGUACCAUCCCCUAGACCCUCUAACCCAGUCGGAGUUCAAUCAGAUCAAAUCCAUAAUUCAAAGCUCAUACCCCUCUCAAAACCUCACGUUCCAAUAUGUCGGGUUAGACGAGCCAGAGAAGUCCACCGUCCUCUUAUGGAAUUCCAAAUCCACAGCCAAAUCCUACCCUCCUCGCCGAGCCUCAGUCGUUACAAGACUAAACAAACAGACCCACGAGAUUAUAGUCGAUUUAUCAACCCAUUCCAUUCUCUCUAGUAAAGUUCACAUGGGAAAUGGCUACCCUCUGCUAACCGUAGACGAACAAACACUUGCAAAUGAGUUGCCUUUUAAUUAUCAACCAUUCAUUCAAUCCAUUAAAAGGAGAGGGCUUAAUAUAUCCCAAGUUGUGUGUAGCGGUUUUACAGUUGGUUGGUUCGGAGAGGGAAAGACUAGAAGAAUAAUAAAGAUUAAUUGUUUUUACACAAAUGGGACAGUGAACUUGUUUGUGAGGCCAGUGGAGGGAAUAACGUUGGUUGUUGAUCUUGAUAUAAUGAAGAUAGUUCAAUACAGUGACAGGGGUGUAGUUCCGGUGCCAAGGGGAGAGAGAACCGAGUACCGGGCCUCAAAGCAGAAGCCGCCUUUUGGUCCACGACUAAAUGGUGCUUCAGUGUUGUCUGAGGGAGAUGGGUUCGUCCUCGACGGGAACAUUAUCAGAUGGGCCAACUGGAUUUUUCAUCUCGGAUUUGAUGUUCGAACUGGAACAAUUAUAUCUCAAGCAUCAAUUUACGAUCUGGACAAGAAGAAAUACAGGAGAGUUUUGUACAGAGGGUUUGUCUCAGAGCUGUUUGUGCCUUACAUGAACCCAACUGCUGACUGGUACUACAAAACCUUCUUUGACAAUGGAGAGUUUGGGUUCGGCCAAAGUUCUGUCUCACUUGAACCAUUGACUGAUUGUCCUAACAAUGCAAAGUUCAUAGAUGCCUACUAUGCUUCACAAGAAGGCACACCUGUGAAGAUAUCGAAUGCUAUAUGUAUCUUUGAACGGCAUGCAGGAAACAUCUUGUGGCGUCACACAGAAGUUACCAUCCCAGAUGAAAAUAAAUUGCACAUAACGGAGGUGAGGUCGGAGGUGACCCUAGUGGUGAGGAUGAUUGCAGUUGUGGGCAACUAUGACUACAUAAUCGAUUGGGAAUUCAAACCAAGUGGAUCCAUAAAACUUGAGGUUGGGCUCACCGGUGUGCUUGAAACUGAAGGGGUCACAUACACCCACAAAGACCAAAUAAACGAAGAAGUUUAUGGUACACUAGUUACAGAUAACACAAUUGCUGUGAAUCAUGACCACUUCUUGACUUACUAUCUUGACCUUGAUGUGGACGGUGAAGCCAACUCUUUUGUUAAGAACAAUUUGGUGACCACACGUGUGACAGACCGGAGUAUCCCAAGAAAGAGUUAUUGGACAGUGGUAAGCGAGACUGCUAAGACGGAAUCAGAUGCAAAAAUUCAUUUGGGUUUGAAGCCGUCUGAACUAGUCGUGGUGAACCCUAAUAAAAGGACCAAACCUGGGAAUUCUGUCGGUUAUCGCUUGAUUCCAGGAUCAGUUGCAGCACCCCUUCUGUUAGAGGAUGAUUACCCUCAAAUUCGGGGUGCUUUUACUAAGUACAAUGUGUGGGUUACACCGUAUAACAAGUCUGAAAAAUGGGCAGGAGGAAAAUAUGUUGACCAAAGCCGAGGAGGUGAUACCUUAGCAGUUUGGAGUCUCAGGGAUAGGGAAAUUGAGAACAAAGACAUAGUGCUGUGGUACACAAUUGGCUUUCACCAUGCUCCUUGCCAGGAAGACUUUCCAAUGAUGCCAACAUUAAGUGGUGGAUUUGAGCUCCGGCCAACCAAUUUCUUUGAGCGCAGUCCGGUGCUUAAAGUUAGAAUAACACCACCUCCUAAGCAUGCGGACUCCCCUAACUGCACCAAGUAAAUCUACCUCUAUAUCUUAUUGGACUCUAAUAAUAUGUCAGAAAUAAGCCGAAGAGCGCAGUGAGAUAUGCCUUCUUUCUUUCUUCUUUUUUUCUCUUAGUCGUUUUAUUUAAUCGAUUGGAUGAUUUGAUUGACUUUCUUCUUUACAAU